AGUGCUGCUUCUCUCUGCUCGUGCAGCUCCACCCACCUGCAGAUAAAAGCCAAGCACUCACCAGGACUGCUGUUCACCGUCUGUCCCAGACUUCUCAAUGCUCUGUGAUACAUCCACCCUGCAGCAGCACAAAAACAAAGGGCUCGGCAGGACUGGAGCUAACACCUGGCUGGAUCCCUGCUUGGCCACUGUCCCACUCAUGCCUUGGAAAAUACUCAAAGAAGUGACCUAAAGUGAAGAGAAGCAGAGGAAACACCAGACGAAGGAGGCGCAGGUCAACAAGGCGAAAAUGGUGGUUGUACCCCUCCAUCGCGUCUGUCCACUCAUCACCGUGUUCCAACUGGGUUUAUUACAUCUGGCCCAUGGGGGGGCAUAUUAUGGACAAAAACAGCCACCUCAACCGCACCAGCCCCUGCCACAGUACAGUGAUGGAUAUCAACAACAGUUUUUGGGGAACGAUAUGCCACUGUUGCCGUUACUGCCUCCUCAGCUGCCUUUGCCAAUGGCCAAAGAGAGAGUAUUGAUAGAGGGCAAAGGACAAACAUUCCCCAGAGGGGCUAAAGGCCCACCUCCUCCUAUUCCUGGUGGAGAAGUUCCUCAAGGAAUUCAGGGCCCCCCGGGACCAAAAGGACUGCCAGGACCACAAGGGCCCCCUGGCGUACCAGGCCAGGGAUUACCAGGGAUACCGGGAAAGCCAGGGCCUCCUGGUCCUCAAGGCUAUCCAGGGAUAGCCAAACCUGGCAUUCCAGGAUUGCCAGGAAAACCCGGAGGGCCUGGAUUACCAGGGCAAAAAGGUGACCUUGGUCCUAGUGGUGGUGGAGGACUAAUUGGCCUUCCGGGGCCUGCAGGGCUCCCAGGUCCCCCUGGGCUCCCUGGGAUUUCAAAACCAGGAAGCCAGGGGCUGCCAGGACCACUGGGUCCUCAAGGGGAGCCUGGUCAAAAAGGUCUGCCUGGCCUUCCUGGUCUUCCAGGUCCCAAGGGAGACAAAGGGUUUGGCGGACAGGUAGGCAUUCCCGGCAUUAGUAAACCUGGUCUAAACGGUCUCCCUGGACAACCAGGAAUACCUGGAAAACCCGGUCCUUCUGGAGAGCCAGGCCUGACAGGGGCACCCGGUGAAAGAGGCCAACCAGGAUUACCAGGCUUACAUGGAAUUGGAAAACCAGGAAAAGAUGGUUUUAGAGGGCAACCAGGGCUCCCUGGAGGAAAAGGAGAACCAGGCCCUCCUGGUUUACCAGGGGGUCCAGGUUUGCCAGGUUAUGGUAAACCAGGUUUUUCAGGACCUAAGGGUCACAAGGGACAUGCUGGUCUUCCUGGACCUCCAGGCCCUAAAGGUGAUAAAGGACAUGAAGGUCUUCCAGGGGUCAUUGGCCCCAUGGGUGCUAGUGGUAUGCCUGGGCCACCAGGUCCAAUAGGUCUUCCUGGUAGUCUUGGCUUCCCAGGGCAUAAGGGAGAGGAUGGUGCUGGGGGACCAAGAGGGAAUCCAGGAAUAAAGGGUGAAUUAGGGCUUCCAGGUCUUUCAGGACAGCCAGGAAGACCAGGAGAAGAUGGACAACCAGGACCGAGAGGUUUACAAGGGCCCAGUGGCCCUAAAGGAGAAUCCGGUAAUAGGGGUUUACCUGGUGUCCCGGGUGCUGCAGGAUUACCGGGACCAAGAGGAGAAGGAGGACAGCCUGGAGAGAUAGGCUACCAGGGACCACAGGGAAUUCCAGGGCUUACAGGACCAGGAGGACCAAUCGGACCUCCUGGGAUGCCAGGGCAAAAAGGUGAAACAGGCUUGCCUGGUAAACCUGGAAACUCUGUUGAGGGAAAGCCAGGACCACCUGGUCAUAUUGGUCCUCAAGGUAACCCAGGCCCCAGUGGCCCUCCUGGACAUCCAGGGCAACCAGGGCGACCUGGGCCUCCCGGUCCUCCGGGACUACCUCCUGCAUCUCCUGAACUCGUACAGAUCCUGCCAGCAACCGGCCCAUACGGCGGCCAAAAACAAAGUUUCAAGAAGACAAAAAAUGGAGGUGAGAUUGGUGGAAAUGCCCUGGAGCUGCCUGCAUUCACAGCUAAGCUCACAAAUCCAUUCCCUCCUGUUGGCUAUCCUGUAAUUUUUGACAAACUCCUCCACAAUGGCAAUCAGAACUACAAUCCCCAAACCGGCAUCUUCACCUGUACCCUACCUGGAAUCUACUACUUUGUUUACCAUGUCCACUGCAAGGGAGGUAAUGUGUGGGUGGCACUGAUGAAGAACAAUGAGCCAGUAAUGUACACUUACGAUGAGUACAAAAAGGGCUUGCUGGAUCAGGCUUCAGGGAGCGCCGUACUACCAUUACGACGAGGAGACAGCGUGCAUAUACAGCUGCCGUCUGACCAGGCAGCAGGACUUUAUGCCAGUCAAUAUGUUCACUCUACAUUUUCUGGAUGCUUAUUGUACCCAAUGUAAGAACUAGGUAUCAGCAAAGGUGCACAUUGCACAUUGCUGGCAAAUUUUACCAUACUGAUAGUUAAACUACUUCAGGCACAAAGGUACAAUGUAGGUAAAAUUAUUUGUAGUAGCAACAUUAUUAUUAUUUGCAUCAUAUGCACCACAUCUGUAUUCACAUCAGCGGAGUAUCAGAAAGGGCAGUUAUGAAAUAAUGGGCAAAGUAUGUAUAUUGUUUAAACCAAGUGAUUAGCACCUGUGAAGUUUCCUCUGAAGGUUUGUGGUUGUGGAGUGUCAAGAAAUACUGCCAGAUAUGUCAGUUGUUAUAAUUCUUGUUUACAUUGUGUAUUCAUUCUUAUAUCCAUCCACAUGCAAUAUACAGUAUAUGUGUUCAUGACAUGGCUGAAAUAAUUCCUGGAACAAUAAGGCUUUAUGUUGCAGAGCUGUAUUCAUUUUUAACUCAUUCUUUGUUAUAGUUACAGUUAUAUACUGUAUUCUGGGAAAAUCAGAAAAUAUUGGUGUCAUUUUGCAAUGCAUUUAUUCAAAGUUAUGGAAAUGCAUAACUGGAUUAUAUAUUUGGGGUCAUGAUAAAGUGAUUAAGUUAUUGUUAGUCUUUUUUAAUGCAAAAUACAUUAAUCUCAUAGUAAAAUAAGCAUUGGUUGAGCAUUUUAUAAGUUCAUACCACAUCUCAAUCCAGAAAAGAAAAGAAACCUUUUUGCCACCCACAAUUUGGCAGGUGAACCAUCUUUUAUGUCCUAAUGGACAUUUGAUGUCAUGAUGACAUUUCUAUUGUUUGUAAUAAUCAGUAUUGCAUGUAAUGUAUGUGUGACUACUGAUUAUUUGGGAUUGUUUUUGGAAUUCAUUCCUGAAUUCAGAACACAGCAUACAGUUCUCUGGUAAAAAUAACACAAGUAUUUAAGAAUACUCAUUCAUGUAUGUGUCAAUAUUUUACUUUUUCAUUUUUAGUACAAGAUGUGCUGUUUUGGAAUGAGUUUUUAAGUG